UCAAAGCCAUUUACGAAACGAACUUGAGAGUGCUUUGAAGAAAAAUACUAAAUCAGUGAGUGAUAAAACUUCAUUAAUACCUCCUGUAGAUUAUGAUGUGAGCGAUCUACCACCGGUACCGAAAAGACCCCUAAAGAACGAGUCAUCCCAGGCACUGCUGGCGCCAGACAUGGCUGAUCAACGCCGAAAGCGCAUACCGAGCAUGUCUGUUUCGGAUGUCGGGUAUUGGCUAGGUGUUCUGAAGUUGGACCAGUACGUAGGCACUUUCAAAGAAAACUUGGUGGAUGGUUCCAUCCUUCCAGAACUUGACGAUGACAUUUUGCAAAGAGAAUUCAAAAUGUCUCGUUUUCAUACAAUAAAACUUCGAAAGUUUCUUACGGAAGGAUAUAUUCCUAGGCAGUAAACUUUUCAAUAGAAUAUACAUGUUUCCUUCCAUAAAUUUCUUACGAUUUAUCAAAAGAAUGCAAUUUGUUGGCUGCCUUUAAUAAACGUAUUGUGAUAGGGUACAUGUGUACUUUAACAAAUAAAGAACUUCCUGUUUUAACUGUGACGCGAACGUUUUAAUUUUAUCAAUAUCUUGGCAAGGAAAACAUCUUCAUCGUUCCCAUUUGAUCGCCAAUUACUAAUAGUUCAUGGAGUGAUUAUGUCAUAAGGACUUCUGUUGAAUGAUUUUUCAGUACCUAAGAACCGUAGCCUUGGCUAGAUUUACAAAUAUUUCGGAACAUCUACAGUGUAUGUUGUGCAAAUAGCGGUACCCUAUUUGUAGACAAGAGAUGGAUCUCGCGGCCGGUCGAAAGAAGCGUUGUACUUUUGUCGUCUGCGACAUCAAGAAUUCAGUGAAAGAUUUCUGUCGGACCUACGGGGGUAACCUUCCCCAGAUUGUGAGAGUUAAGAAGGGACGCAAAGCAGACGAAAAAACCGUGAAGAAAAGCCAGACAUUUUUCGUUCACCAAGUUUGUCAGGAGAAGAGGGUGAUCGUGGACAUCAUGAAGAGUAAAAAGAAGAAUCAGGACAGAAUAUCAGUCCCUCUAACCCACCCCGCCCGGUUCUGCUUGGCGGAUUGUGGGAAAGAAUCAGCUGACUAUACUAUGGAACAAAUAUUACGCCUCAAACCAUGUCCCUGUGAUGUCAUAGCUUCUCCGCGGUGUCAUUUCCACAUUCAAAUGUCUGAGAACAGAAAAUUAACGAAAGACCACGUUCUUCGUUUGCGGGAGACGUACGAGGAAACUUACAUACUGGGAAACCCUAUUACUGAAACUAGUGUUAGUGACGAGUUGGUGAGGAUCGCAGGGGGACCUAAUCUACAUAUUGUGACGGGCUUACAGGGGUAUCUAGGGAAGUGGUCAACCUACCUCCAGGUGAUAUCCAAGAGCCUGACGUCCCAUCUCAAAACAGAAGAUUUUCAGCCAUAUGAGCAAUAUGAUGCAGACUAUGAAGGCACGUUAGAUUCUGAUUCUAUACGGUGUGAUUAUGUAACAAUAUCGCGAGAUUUCAAUAACAAAGACAGUCAUAGUUACGAAGACCUACGGAAACCGAAACCGCAGCGUUGCGUCUAUGAAAUUACAUGGGACCAGAGUACGGGCAAGCCUAUGGUGGACAUAUCACCGGCCAGUCCAAUCAAGCAAAAGAAUGUCACAAAUGAUAAAGGAGAUAGUAAGAACAAUCUGUACGAUGUUGGAUGGGACCCGGUAACAAAUCGACCGAUAGUAAAUGGAGAACCACUGAGUACUUCCGUCAAGACCAAACCACCCAAAGUACAAAUUUCAGGGACUAAGGAACAGGAAGAUAGACAAAAAAUAAUAGGAAAUAAAGACAAUGAUAUACUGGACUGCAUACCUUCGCCACGCCUACAAAGAUCGCAAAGUGGUGUACAAAUCUCGGAUCUUCCAAAACCCGCCCCAAAGAAAUCUUCAAGUUUGAGGAAGCCGAACAUUGAAAGGCGUCAGAUUAAAAAUACUUAUCAACUUGGUCAAAUUCAAAGUGAACACACCGAGAAUUUGGAUUCACGUUCAUUCGACUUCUACUCCAAAGAAAAAGCAAGAGAACGCGUUCUUUCACUGCCUACUUUGUCCGUUUCAGAGGUGGCAUACUGGAUGAAAACUUUGAAUAUUAAGUGUGCGAAUAAGUUUGUGGAGGAGAGCAUAGACGGUGCUAUCCUGCUGGAAUUAACGGAUGACAUACUAAUGUCCCCUUCUUUUGGACUGUCCAGGAUCGAUGGCAUCAAAUUGAGGAAAUUCAUCAAAGAAGGCUAUGUGCCAAAACCUUGAGUAAUUAGAUACAUUACAUUUUUGGAUGUUUCCACUGUACUGGUGAUGAACAGGUUAUUUCUCUAAACAUCAUUAUCCAUCCAUAGUUAAGAGAUAAAGAGGACUAAACUUUGAUGUAAUGUGUCUUAUUACACUAGGAUAAAGAAAAGGAAUCUGUUUGAGUAAGUGAUGGGAAUUAUUUUCAAUUUGGUCGUGAUAUCAGUUGAUUUCUCAGUCAACAUUUGGGACAUGUAAGGGUCCACUAUAGAUAGCAUAUUCAUAUCAAUCCCUCCUUUUAAAAAUAUGACAUGAAUUCGUAGCGAAUGAAACUAUCUGUUUUAUUACUAACACAUUCAUUGAAAUCACUGAAUGAAUUAAUCUUUUGUGUCCAUUUCAUUUUGUGCAAAAUAAAGCUUAUGCAGAAAGGUCAAAAUAACGCCUGUUUAUAAAGUGCAAAUGAGUCAAUCAAUCUUGUUUACAUACAUGAGUUGUGGUUUGAACAAUUGUUGUGUUAUUUGUUGGUAAAAUAUGAAUGGCGAAAAUUAUUUACUGAACAGUUUUCUCUUCCAACUGUAAUGAUCAUUCAUGUGUCCACAAUUUCAAUAUAUUACAUCAUCAGGUGUAAAAGUUAUCACUCUUGACUAUACAAAUGUGCACUCAAAUCUAUGACAUUUUACGCGCUAAUCAAAUUUCUCUAAUGGCUGCCAUCUAGUAACGGAUUUUGUUCCUAUUUAUCUUACAUUCAUAAUUAUUUCUUAAGUUUAUAUGUAUUCUACUUCUUUUAAUCUGUGUUUAUUUUACUAAUAUCUGUCUGUAUGUAUGUUAUAUGCAGGACCAUAUUGAAAACUAGCGUUAUCGCUAAAUAUGUAAUCCUGGAUAAAUAAAGGCUUUGUUAUUAUCA